UGACCUGGCAACGCAUCACUAUGGAUGUGAUUAUUAAACAUGCGAAGAACUUUCCUAGAAAACAACGCACAUUUUGAGUUCAUACCCGACAGAACAAUAUCCAGUAUGGCUAACAGUGAUUCCGCCAUGGCGGAAAUCCGCCUUAUUUUGUCGCCUCAAACAACGUCAUAUCCAACUGGCCUCGGUUUGAACAAUACUGAUGUCAGGAACGAUAACUCGACCACUGUCACAUCGAACGCCAAUCAACAGAUAAACAAAAGUUUGGCAGAAGCGGAAGUCACGGUGCAGGCCGUCAUCCUAGCACUGGCUGUGUUUGGAAAUACUUGUGUCUUGAUCGCCCUGGCCAGAAGGCGUAAAAUCAACAGCAGAAUGCACAUGUUCAUAAUGCACCUGAGCAUAGCGGAUCUGUUGGUAGCAUUCUUUAAUAUUUUACCACAACUGAUAUGGGAUGUGACGCAGAAAUUCCAGGGAGGAGAUGUUUUGUGUCGCUUUGUGAAGUUCAUGCAAGUAUUUGUGAUGUACCUGUCGACGUACGUGCUGGUGAUGACAGCUAUUGACCGAUAUAGGGCUAUUUGUCAUCCCUUGUCAAACCACAACUGGACAACCAAAACUGUCAAUCUUAUGAUAGCAGGAGCGUAUUUCAUUGCCGGUGUUUUCAGCAUACCCCAGACUCUGCUGUUCAAGUACCAGGAACGUGUCGUUGGUACUGGAGACUUUGAUUGUUGGGUCCACUGGGAUCCACCCUGGAUCCUUCAGCUGUACAUUACAACAUUCACAUUCCUGGUCUAUGUCAUUCCGUUUUUAAUUCUUGUUUUUGCAUACGGGUCAAUAUGCUACACAAUUUGGUCCAAAUAUAGAGUGACGCGUGAACCCCUGUUAAAAAGGGAGGUAACGAAUGGUGCUGUUGGUCACAUGAUGUACACUUCAUCUAGUCCGAGUCCGGGAAGGACAUUUGGAUAUAGGGAUGGCGGAAUGCAUCCAAGAUCACAUUCCAGUAGAGGUUUCUCCAGAGCCAAGCUGAAGACAGUGAAGUUAACAUUUGUAGUGAUCCUUGCCUACCUUGUCUGCUGGUCUCCAUUCUUCAUCUCCCAGCUGUGGUGGCUAUACGAUGAGUCGGCUCCGAUGUCAAACAACAGUAUUGUGAUCAUGCUGCUCCUGGCAAGCCUGAACAGCUGCUGCAACCCAUGGAUUUACCUGGCCUUCAGCGGGAACCUCAUCAAAUAUCUGUCUCCAUGUUACAACUCAAGCUGUAUGUCUGAUCAAAGAAAUCACACAUACACCAAUUCCAACACUGACAAUAGCCUCAAAAACCGAUCCACUAUCGAACUGGAGAAAAUGGGCACAAGGGAGAAAUUCAAACGCAUGGGCUCUUUGACAUCACUCUUAACAUCGCGGAUCUCACGGAAAGAAACCAUCGUUACAACGACGUUUAAAAGGCCGCAAACCCCAGUACAAGAUGAGAGUCCUAAAUCUCCUCACGUGACCAAACGUGCACGUGUACAUGAAAGACCAGCCAAUGAAAUUGUGGAAGCUCAAAUGAAAUGGGACAGGAAUAUGGGCGUGGAAUGUACAAGGUCCCCGAUCCUUGUGUUAGCGGACGAACUGCCGAAUGGCUCGCCGCUAUCUGAAGAUGACACGAUUGAAACUUUGGGGACAUCAUUCUAGAUAUUGUGAUUUUUUCACAAGGAGAUGCUUUGAAGUAAUUUACUGAUGGCUAUAAAAUACAGGUACACACAGUGUGGAAUGUGAGACUUUGAAAUAUGUAUCUUAAAUAAUGACAAAUUCAGAAUGAUCAAAAUGGAACGAUUCUUCAUUUGCAACUGCUCGUCGCCAGUAAAGACCAUGACAGAUGCGCCAAAACGUACAUAAUAUCAUAACACAUUUCUAUGAAAAACACAGUUAAUCCUAACCAAAAGGCAUCCUUGAGCAAUGGACAAUGGACAAUGUGAACAUAGUGCCACGUAUAUCUUUUGUCUACGACUCCCCUAACAAGGGGGUAGCAGUACAGACGUAUUUGCUCAAUACAAUGAUACAGUACUCAUACAAAUAUAAUUUCUUAUCUUCUUACUCCCUUACCUGUUGGUUAUGUAUAUAUUACUUUUUUAUGUUGUGAGUCAAGACUACAUUCUAUUAUUGUACUGUACUUAUGUUUUAGCCAUUUCGAACUGAUUAAAGGCGAUACAUUCAAUUGCAACUAACUCAA